CUCUGGUCAUUUCUCGUGUAGAAAUGCUGCAAGGUUUCCGGGCUGACUUUGGGCUCUUCUAGGUCUUUGGAUCCACAUUCAGGGCGCCUGUUACAUGUGAAGGGAACCAAAAUGGCUGCAGAGAGGUUUUAAAGACUAUCAUUGCCUGUCGUUUACCUUUGAAAGUGCUUGUAAAAUUAUGGCAUUUAAUGACAUCAUAGGCCGUUCAUGAAGAAUCUAAUGGGUGUAGAUACUAUUGACAUGUAUAAAAAAUCUAGAUGCUUCUUUGUGGAAAGCAAUAGUUUUGUCGUUCAUCGAAGGAUGUUGGCAGCACACCGUCUGUUUCUGUGUGCUGCAGAUUAACCACUCAGUAAAUUACUUUUAGCCUUUUUUGAACAUCUGAUUUAUUUGGGUCGGAUACAGUGUGUCCAAGUUUUUAAAAAUUAAGCCAUAUUGUUAAAACUCUUAAGUGUGAACGUUUUAUUGAAAACACGGUGAGUCCCGGGUCCAAACUUAGCUUAUUGUUAGUGGACCUGAGGUAAAUGUUGUUGUUCUUCAUAUGGAGACUCGAAUUACCCGUGUUAUCUUUACUUAUAAUGCCCAUUUCAUAAUUUUAGCUCCGUUAAAUCUGAACAGCUUAAUUUAUGUAUUUGAUUGUCUUGAAAUAUAAGAGAUGAAAAAGGGAAAGCAAAGAGCAAUGUGUAGUACAUUACCAUGAAUAAAAGAGAUUGUAUGGUAGCAUACCAUAUAUGAUUGUGUUUAUAUAUAUUUACGUAUAUGUACGCAUAGGAUUUCUUUGGAAAGAUAUAAGAAACUGAUUUAUGGUGGUUGUCUCUAGGGAAGGGUAUGGGAGUCCUUCCUACUGCUUAAAUUUUUCCCAUGAACAAUUUCUUUCAGGUUUUUUGUUUGUUUGUUUUUUAAUUAAAGUAAAUACAUGAUGGUAAUUGAUUUGAGAUGGCUGAUUUUAUUUUGGGCAGUUCCAUGGUGGUGGCAGGCACUCUAAAUUGGCAUCAGAAUCACCUGAACCCCACCCCUAGCAAAUCAGAUACAGUGGGUGAUGAUUGUGACAUCCAGUUGGUUUUCGGGAAUUUUGACUAGGUCAUACUGUAUAUUCAUAUAUGAUUACUGAGGAUUCUUAUUUUAGUUGCUAAGAACCUUAAGGAAGAGCAUUUUAGGUGACUGAAUUCUGCUAAGUAAUGUUUCACAAAUAGUAUCUUUCUAUGGUUUGUCUUAACAGGUACACCAGGGGUUGGAAAAACUACACUAGGCAAAGAACUUGCAUCAAGAUCAGGACUGAAAUACAUUAAUGUGGGUGAUUUAGCUAAAGAAGUCUGAUCACCGGAUAUCAUGGAGUCUGGCAAGAUGGCUUCUCCCAAGAGCAUGCCGAAAGAUGCACAGAUGAUGGCACAAAUCCUGAAGGAUAUGGGGAUUACAGAAUAUGAGCCAAGAGUUAUAAAUCAGAUGUUGGAGUUUGCCUUCCGAUAUGUGACCACGAUUCUAGAUGAUGCAAAAAUUUAUUCAAGCCAUGCUAAGAAAGCUACUGUUGAUGCAGAUGAUGUGCGAUUGGCAAUCCAGUGUCGAGCUGACCAAUCUUUUACCUCUCCACCUCCGAGAGAUUUUUUAUUAGAUAUUGCACGUCAAAGGAAUCAAACCCCUUUGCCCUUGAUCAAGCCAUACUCAGGUCCUAGAUUGCCACCUGACAGAUAUUGCUUAACUGCUCCAAACUAUAAGCUUAAGUCCUUACAAAAAAAGGCGUCUACUUCUGCAGGAAGAAUAACAGUUCCCCGGUUAAGUGUGGGUUCAGUUACUAGCAGACCUAGUACUCCCACACUAGGCACACCAACCCCACAAACUAUGGCUGUUUCAACUAAAGUAGGGGCUCCAAUGUCCCUCACAGGGCAAAGGUUUACAGUGCAGAUGCCCACUUCACAGUCCCCAGCUGUAAAAGCAUCCAUUCCUGCAACAUCAGCAGUUCAGAAUGUUCUGAUUAAUCCAUCAUUAAUUGGGUCCAAAAACAUUCUUAUUACUACUAACAUGGUGUCAUCACAAAAUACUGCCAGUGAAUCAUCAAAUGCAUUGAAAAGAAAGCAUGAAGAUGAUGAUGAUGACGAUGAUGAUGAUGAUUAUGAUAAUUUGUAAUCUAGCCUUGAUGCAUGUAAUGUAUACUUGGUUUUGAAUCCAUUGUACUUAAACAUGCAUGCUGGAUCUUUUGAAGUUCUGUUUUAGAAAACUUAGUGUUUAAUGAGUAAAUAUGGUUACCAUGAUUUUCAGUUGAGAUGUUGGAUUUUCUAGUAGUGGGUUUUCAUCACCUUUUAAGUGUAAAAAAUAAAGUUGUCAUUCAUCAGUUU